CCGUCAUCCCCCUCUGAGUAAACAUGGUGGGGUCCCUUUUGCUGUGUUCCCUAGCCCUCAUCUCUUCCUCCUUCGCCCAGCUCCAGCCAGCGGAUGAACUGACCCCAGAUCACCAGGAGGCAGGCGACCUGUACCAGCACGACAUAAUGUUGACCCCCGAGCAGAAGGCCAUCCUCCAGGGCCAGGUCAGGGGCCAGGCCAACCUCAUCUUUCGCUGGCCAGAGGGCAAUGAUGGCUACCCCCUCGUCCCCUACCAGUUUAUUGAUGGGGUGGACGAGGCGAGCGUCACUGCAGGCAUCCAACACUGGGAAUCAAAGACGUGUAUCAAGUUUGAGCAGCGACAGGGCACCACCGACCCACACAUCAAGUUCGAGGUGCUCAGUGGGUGUUGGUCUUAUAUAGGCUACCUGGGAUGGCAUGCAGACCACGUCAAUGGCCAGACUGUGUCCAUAGGGUCUGGCUGUUCCUCGCUGGGUGUAGUGACUCAUGAGAUCGGACACGCCAUAGGGCUGUUCCACAUGCAGUCAUCCCCCGCCAGAGACGACUUCGUGUUGGUACUCUACGACAACAUACUGGACGGGAAAUCCUCAAACUUCGAUAAACAGACAGUCCAACAGACCAACUACCACGGCGUUCCUUAUGACUACACCUCAAACAUGCACUACAGUAGUUUUGGCUUCAGCAAAAACGGCAAGAUGACCAUCGCCACCACCGACCCCAACGAUCAGGGUCUCAUCGGGCAGCGGACAGGCCUCAGUCACAGGGACGCUCUCCUCGUCAACCGCAUGUACUCUUGCAUCCGUGAAAAAAUGAACGAUGGCUACCUCGGGCCAUCGUGUACGUGUGUGUGUCCACGGGGUACAUCUGGCACUCACUGUGACCAAAUAACUGGAGGCUACUAUGAGGAGCUCCGAGAUGACUGUAGCCAGAACGUCACUGCUGAGGGCACCAUUACCUCUCCUAACUACCCCGGAAACUACCCUGCACAAACCUGCGCCACCUGGAUCAUUGCUCCAGAGUGUAAGGCUCCCACCAUCACCUUCACCGCCUUCGACGUGCCCUGUGGUGACAAGUUGAUCAUCAGCACUGUCGACAGGUACUCUGGUCCCAGUAACUGCGGCGACCAGAUCACUUCAGGACAAACCUUCACCGCCUCUACCAAUGAGAUGGUGUUGCAGUUCUUCGCCGCGUCCACCUCCCAUACUGGCUGGUCCGCCAAUCUCACCUUCACUGACAUAGUGGACUGUGUCAAUGAAAAGAAUGCAACAACCACCACUACAGCUACCACUACUAACCUGCAACAACUACCAACCACUAACCCUACAACAACUACUACCACCACUAACCCUACAACAACUACUACCACCACUAACCCUACAACAACUACUACCACUACUAACCCUACAACAACUACCACUACCACUAACCCUACAACAACUACUACCACAACUACUACCACCACUAACCCUACAACAACUACUACUACCACUAACCCUACAACAACUACUACCACCACUAACCCGACAACAACUAUCACUGCCACUAACCCUACAACAGCUACUACUACUAUCCCUGCAACAACUACUACUACCACUAUCCCUGCUACAACUACCACUACCACUACAACUACC